AUGACUGCAAGCACUCAAACUGACUCGAUGCGGUCGACGAAACUCGAAUGGGAAAGUGGCCGCCCUACCGCUCAACCCAGCCUAUUGAACCCCCUGUCCAUAAGAGGCCCAGAGGAGGAUCCCCAGAGUCUUCGGAGACUUCAGGAGACCUUAUCUCUAACGCCAUCGAGUUUGGAAGACUGCCCUAAGCGAGGGUCUGGCUGUGAUCAGAUUCUAGCUACGCCCGUGCAUUCACCAUUUCCCCACGAAUGGCAGAUCCAUGGGAUGAAACUCGUUUGCUUAUUACCCCGCUUAAACAGAGCUGUAGUGGGUGGCGGAGCGGCUGGGGGUCGAGCCUUUAGCAAUGCUGGAAAGUACGGUCUGGACUCUUACGCACCCAACAUCAAUGGAUUUCGCAGUCCUGUAUGGGGUCGAGGGCAGGAAACACCAGGGGAAGAUGCUUUCUUCCUGACGUCGGCGUAUGCCUACGAAUAUAUCACUGCUCUGCAAGGAGGUGUCGAACCAGAUUACCUCAAGAUCGUCGCUACACAAAAGCACUUCGCUGGCUACGAUCUUGAGAGCUGGAAUGACCAAGACCUUGCAGGUUAUUACACACCUCAGUUCAAGGCGGCAAUACGUGAUGCUAGGGCGAAUAGCCUCAUGUGCUCCUACAACGCGGUGAAUGGUGUACCAAGUUGCGCAAACUCAUAUCUCCUACAGACUUUGCUCCGUGACACUUGGGGCUUCAGCAACUACGACGGCUACGUUUCGGCCGAUUGUGACUCGGUUGUCAAUGUCUGGGAACCCCACUAUCAUGCGUACAACCUCUCCAUCGCAUCAUCGGAUAGUUUACUUGCCGGAACUGACAUCGAUUGUGGUCAUGCUUACGCCGAUCAUCUGAAUGAGUCCAUUAUUGCAGGGGCUGUAGCCCCGUCCGAUGUCGCCCAGGGAGUCUUCCGAUUGUACUCCAACCUGGUUCGCUUGGGUUAUUUCGACGGAAACAGCAGCACCGUGUAUCGCCAACUCACUUGGGAGGACGUGGUAUCAACUGAUGCGCAGAACAUCUCCUAUGAAUCUGCUGUUCAAGGGAUCACCCUACUCAAGAACGAUGGCACACUUCCGCUUGGAUACUCGUCGUCAGUCAAGAGUAUCGCUGUUAUCGGUCCGUGGGCCAACGCGACGGAUCAAAUGCUGGGAAAUUAUUACGGGGUUGCACCAUACAUUAUUAGCCCUCUGCAAGCUGCACAAGACACUGGCCUGGAAGUCAACUUUGCUCUUGGUACCAAUAUUUCCACUACGUCCACUGAAGAUUUCAGUGGUGCUAUUGCCGCGGCCAAUGCAUCCGAUGUGGUCAUCUACAUGGGUGGCAUCGAUAACACACUAGAGGAAGAGGCUCUAGAUCGGGAGAACAUUACUUGGCCCGGCAAUCAGCUCGACCUGAUCGCGGAGCUGGCAACUAUGGGCAAACCGGUCGUGGUCCUGCAGAUGGGGGGCGGCCAAGUUGAUUCUUCAACGCUCAAAAACAACCCCAACAUCAGUGCUUUGGUCUGGGGUGGUUAUCCAGGACAAGCAGGAGGCGCUGCCAUUGUUGAUAUUCUGACCGGCAAACGAGCCCCAGCCGAUUUCGUCGAUGCAUUCAACCAGACAAUCAUGGACCUGCGCCCUAACAGCAGCAAUGGCAAUCCUGGCCAGACCUACAUGUGGUACACUGGCACCCCAGUAUACCCCUUUGGCGCUGGAGAAUUUUACACCAAUUUCUCCCUGGCACUCGGAGCUACACCAACCCUUACAGCAUGGGAUACCAUCAACGUGACGUCCCAAGCGCACCCAGGGUACGACUACGUCGAGAUGGUACCUUUACUCAACCUGACAUUUGCCAUCACCAACACGGGAUCCGUCACGAGCGACUAUAGCGCGAUGCUGUUCGCCAACACCACGAACGCCGGACCGGCCCCUUACCCUAACAAGUGGCUCGUUGGGUUUGAUCGGCUGUCGAUUAUUGCACCUGGUGAGACCGCGUCGAUGACCAUACCGGUCCCGAUCGGUACGCUUGCAAGGUUCGACGACAAGGGUAAUACAGUGCUGUAUCCGGGUAUAUAUGAUUUGGAGCUGAAUAACGAGAGGAGUGUCGUUGUUCGGCUUACAUUCACCGGGCCGGCAGUGACCUUGUCGGUGUGGCCUCGAGACGCAUCGUAGUGAUACAAGCCCGGGGCCCCGAGCCGAGGGCGGCCAACGAUAGCUAUAGAGUGUGUGAAUAUAACAAAGCAGGC